AUGGCUAAGAAGCGAAGGUCGAGGGAAUCGGCAAUAUCAGGAGCCACAACACCCGACAUUCCAAAGGCGCGGAUGGAAUGUUUCUUGUCCCCUGUCUUAUUCUUGGUAGAGCAGGAAGCAUCAAGAUGGCUAGUUCAUUCUUUCCGCCCAUGCAACAAAGGAACGGAAAGGACCAUCUCGAACGAUUCUGCCUGGGAGGAAGGAAAGCGCCUAACAUCCUCACUACCUAGAAGUGCACAGACCCAGUUGAGGCCCAGUCCAGCCCUUCAGCUCCACGAUAGGCAAGUGGGCUCCGCUCCGUCAGACUCCCAAUCUUUUGGACUUGGAUUGCUUCAAACGGUGUAUUCGUACUUGAUUCCCAAGGAUGCAAUCUUCGCAGCAAAAGUGGUCAGCUUACCUAAUUACUCUCUAGGUAGAGAACUCAGCGUUGGUGGAGACAUGGACUCGCCAACUCUCUUCAACCUCCCUAACACGGCACACUGGCUGCUACCUUCCUUAUUUGACCUCUCUGAAUGGUUUCUUCUUAUUCGCGCAUUGAAUAUUCCCAGCACAUAUUACUUCUGCUCUGAAUCGAUGGAUAGACGUGCCAAGGUAUCAAUGAUGUGUUCAGAACGUCACCCAGCCAGGCCGGCUCUCGCAAUAUGCAUCGCUGCUAUCGUCCCGGCGGCGCUUUGCGUCGGACGAGCAGCAGUCCCUGAGUUCUGCGAGAAACAAAACCCCCGCCCCCACACGAUUACCGACAAUCUCGGAACCAUAACCGCCAUCAUGCCUCUCGUCGUACCUGGUAUCAACAACAACGACUCCGAUGACAAGACUCAGCUCUGGACCAACAAGCUGGUCGGAAAGAAGCUCCACGAGGAGGAGUCUAACGAGACGACCUUCUGCAAGAGGGAUCUUCCCGAAGAGUCCCGUGUUAUCGAGCCUGGCAUGAUGGUCACCAAGGACUUCAGACCCAACAGACUCAACGUUCACGUCAAGGAGGACGGAACCGUUUCUCACGUCAACCACGUGCAUGAUUGGUCCGCCCCGCCCGCCCGACUGCGGGGCAAUUUUCGUCGGCGAUGCUCGCUCUUGACAACCCCACCAUCAACUACCACCACAGACUGCCACAGACGCGAUAGGUCUCGACAACGUCCCAAAUACACCAGUGAUACCCCCUCCUUUUCUAUAGCAGACUUCGAUUUCAAUACCGCCACAAUGUUCAAAAAAGACAUCACCUCCAAGCCGAAGCAGAAGCUCAAGUCUUCCGUCCAGCGCUCCCUCCGCGACUCGCUGCUCUCGAGCUACCCCCUCCUGAACCCCUAUAUCGAAGAAGUGAUGCCCAAAAAGGCCUCUCUCGAGCAGAUGAAGCUGCCCGACCGCUGCUCGCUCUUCUUUUGCGAGCAGCAGCCCCUCUUCUACCAGCAGGACAACGCCACCCUCGUCCCGCACCUCAAGCUCGUCCACCGCUUCCCGCAAGCUUUUCCGACAAUCCGCAUCGACCGCGGCGCCAUCCGCUUCGUGCUCUCGGGCGCCACGCUCAUGGCUCCCGGGCUGACGAGCGCCGGUGGGCGGUUGCCUGAGCCUCGGGAGGGCGCCGAGGGCGUCGACGAGGAAGGGAGGUGGAGCCGAGAGCUGGAGAAGGGUGAGCCGGUUGUUAUUAUGGCGGAGGGCAAGACGGAGGCGUGUGCUGUUGGGUUCUUGGUUGCUGGUACCAAGGAAGUUAAGGAUAAGGGCAAGGGGCCUGUGGUGGAGGAGGCGCAUUUCCUCGGCGAUGAUGACACAUUCGCUUUUGCUUUUGCUUUGGGAUUGGUCGAAGGUGUGAUUUCCCUGGCCAUCGCUGAUAUGCUGCCAAUAUUUACCUUUAGUCUAUCCGGGGGUAGGAAUGAUGGCCCAAAAUUCACCGACAGCAAGGCUCGCGAGUGGAAAGUCGCCUACCUAGCACAUCUAAUUAGAUACCCCGGAAGCUACACUGAGGGCCUGAACGAAAAUAACAGAAGGGAGCAUGCCAAUGUAUUCUCUCCAGGAAAACAUGGAUUAAUUGAGCCUAGUGUCAAUUUAUCUUGGGCCAGCUUUAAGGUCCUCAUUCCGAUGCAUGAGAGCUUCAUGAUAACUAGGGAAGAAACCUGGCUAUCUUCAACAUCAAUUUUCACUGUCACACUUGAGAACUUGCUGAGACUCCCAGAAUUCCCGAUCCAUUGCUAUUGCAGGCUCGACUUCCUUGGACUGGUACCAGCUUCAUGCUUAGAUGCGGCUGAAUAUGCAUGGGCAGUCUCUGACCGAAGAAGCUCUCAGAAUCCAUCUCACCACGUCACGCCGAGCCGUAGUGGUCUGUGCAUUACUGGUAUAAGAGUCACGUGGUGGUAUGACAUCCAAAUUUUUCCCACGUUGCCCCUCAUUGCCCCUCCAUUACUCUGUACCUUACCUUACCCCUCAAUUUCACGCCUGAUCGUGUGUCUAGCUCAACCACCAAUAACGACAAAUCUCAGCAUCAUGGCCGACGAAGCAGCACCGACGUCCAAGAAGGGCGCGAAGAAGGCCGAGGCCAAGGCCAAGAAGGAGGCCAUGAAGGCUGCGCGUGCGGCAGAGCUCGCCCAGCAAGCCGCCGCAGUCACUCUCGAGGACGACCCCGCCCAGGACAACUACGGCACCAAGCCUGUCUUCAGCAAGGAUGCCGAAGAAGUCGAAAUCCGCGAGCUGAACGAUUCCCAUAAUGGCAAGACCGUCAUCGUCCGUGCAUGGCUUCAGAACUCUCGUGUUCAGAGUGCCAAGAUGGGCUUCGUCGAGCUUCGCAAGGGAGGCAACUGGAACAUCCAGGGUGUUGUCAUGGCCUCUGACGAGGAGCCCAUUGUCAGUCGCCGCAUGGUCAAGUGGAUCACCAGCAUCAACCCCGAGAGUUAUGUGGUUGUUGAGGCCAAGGUGAAGCAGCCUCUUGAGCCCGUCAAGAGUUGCCGGGUUUCUGGUCUGGAGCUCCACAUCACCAAGUGCUUCGUCCUCGCACCGGCCCCCGCCAUGCUUGGCAUGACCAUGGGAGCUGCCAGCCAGCCCAUCGUCAACUUCAGCGACGAGAAGGCCCCCGUCGCCGACGCUGAAGCCGAGAAGGAGAAAGCUGCCGAGAACACAAGCACGGUGCCCUCCGCGACAAUGCUUACCCAUCUCGACAACAUUGCCAUGCACAAGCGCGCUCCCGUCCAGCAGGCCAUUGCCGAUAUCCGUAUCGAAGUGAAGAAGAUCUUCCGGUCAUACCUCGAGAACCAGAAGUUCAAGGAAUUCGAGCCUCCCUGCCUCAUCGGCGCUGCCUCCGAAGGUGGCGGUAACGUUUUCCGAUUCGCAUACUUCGGCGAGGAGGCUUUCCUCGCCCAAUCACCCCAGUUCUACAAGCAAUUUGAAAUUGCAGGUGGCAGAGAGCGUGUGUUCAGCAUUGGCCCCGUUUUCAGAGCCGAGAACUCCAACACCCCGAGACAUAUGACCGAGUUCACCGGUCUUGAUGUGGAGAUGGAGAUCAAGCAGUCUUACACCGAGGUCCUUACCGUCCUGGAGGGCGUCCUGCUGUCCAUCUUCCGUGGCAUUCAGGAGCGCUGCGCCGACGAGAUUGAGACCGUCCGAUCUGUUUACCACUCCGAGCCCCUCCUCCUUCCCGAGCCCGGCAAGGAGGUCCGCUUGACCUUUGCCGAGGCCCAGAAGCUUCUUCGCGAAGAGGGCCCCGCCGAGUUCGCCAACGUUCGUGACGAUGAGGACAUGAGCACCCCUCAAGAAAAGGCCCUCGGAGAGGUCGUGCGCAAGAAGUACAACACCGACUUCUACGUCAUCGACAAAUUCCCCGAGACGGCACGCCCGUUCUAUGCCAAGCUUGACGAUGCCGGCACCACGACUGGUGAGGGCACUCGCGUAACGAACGCUUUCGAUUUCUUCAUCCGUGGCCAGGAGGUUCUCUCCGGAGGUCAGCGUAUCAACGACCCGGCUGAGCUCGAGGAGCGCAUCCGCGCCAAGGGCAUCGACCCUGAGAGCGCCGGAAUCAAGGAGUACCUCACGGUGUUCCGUCAGGUUGGUGUGCCACCCCACGGUGGUGGUGGCAUCGGUCUCGACCGUGUGGUUGCUUGGUUCCUGGCUCUACCCAGUGUCCACCUGGCGGCGUACUACCCUCGUACGCCCAAGAGACUUUUGCCGUAA